GUCUAAGGGUGACCAGCCGGCCGGCCUCGGACUCCCGCUCCCGUGGUGCCCCGCGCGGCCGGCCCAGCCCCCGGCUCGUGUCGGCCCCGCGGCGGCGCUGGUUGUUGUCGUGAGCCUAAGCCGCCCCGCCCCUCCUCUGCUCCCCUCCCCCCGGCCCUGCGUACGGGCCGCCCCUCCCCCCGCCUCCCCGGCCCCUCUCACGGUGCCAAGAUGGCGGCGGCGGCGGGCGGCGGCAGUUGCCCCGGGCCUGGCUCCGCGCGGGGCCGCUUCCCGGGCCGGCCGCGGGGCUCCGGCGGGGGCGGGGGCCGCGGCGGACGGGGCAACGGGGCCGAAAGAGUGCGGGUAGCUCUGCGGCGCGGCGGCGGCGCGGCGGGGCCGGGCGGAGCCGAGCCCGGGGAGGACACGGCCCUGCUCCGUUUGCUGGGACUCCACCGGGGCCUGCGCCGGCUCCGCCGCCUGUGGGCCGGCCCGCGCAUUCAGCGGGGCCGGGGCCGGGGUCGGGGCCGGGGCUGGGGCCCGAGCCGGGGCUGCCUGCUGGAGGAGGAGAGCAGUGACGGGGAGUCCGACGAUGAGGAGUUUCAGGGUUUUCAUUCAGAUGAAGAUGUGGCCCCCAGUUCCCUGCGCUCUGCGCUCCGAUCCCAGCGAGGUCGAGCCCCCCGAGGUCGGGGCCGCAAGCAUAAGACGACCCCCCUUCCGCCUCCUCGCCUAGCAGAUGUGGCUCCUACACCCCCAAAGACUCCUGCGCGGAAACGGGGUGAGGAGGGCACAGAACGGAUGGUGCAGGCACUGACUGAACUUCUCCGGCGGGCCCAGGCACCCCCAGCCCCCCGGAGCCGGGCAUGUGAGUCCUCCACCCCCCGUCGGUCUCGGGGACGGCCCCCAGGACGGCCAGCAGGCCCCUGCAGGAAGAAGCAACAAGCAGUAGUGGUGGCAGAAGCAGCUGUGACAAUCCCCAAACCUGAGCCCCCACCUCCUGUUGUUCCAGUAAAACACCGAACUGGCAGCUGGAAGUGCAAGGAGGGGCCCGGCCCAGGACCUGGGACCCCCAAGCGUGGAGGACAGUCUGGGCGAGGAGGCCGUGGAGGCAGGGGCCGAGGCCGCGGCCGGCUCCCCCUCGUGAUCAAGUUUGUUUCAAAGGCCAAAAAAAUGAAGAUGGGACAGUUGUCCUUGGGACUUGAAUCAGGUCAGGGUCAAGAUCAGCAUGAGGAAAGCUGGCAGGAUGCCCCCCAGGGAAGAGCUGGAUCUGGGCAAGGAGAGGGCCCCUGCUGGAGGAAGGAGCAGAAGCUGGAGGAGGAGGGAGAGGAGGAGAAAGAAGAGGAAGAUGAGGAAGAGAGAGCUGUAGCUGAGGAAGCAAUGGUGCUAGCCGAGGAAAAGGAAGAGGCAAAGCUGCCAUCACCACCCCUGACUCCUCCAGCCCCUCCACCUCCUCCAUCCCUGCCACCCCCCUCAGCAUCUCCUCCAUCCCCACUUUGCCCUCCCCCCCCACCUGUGUCUCCUCCUCCCCCACUAUCCCCCCCACCACCUCGUGCCCCCGAGGAGCAGGAAGAGUCCCCUCCUCCCGUGGUCCCAGCUACAUGCUCGCGAAAGAGGGGCCGGCCUCCCCUGACUCCCAGCCAGCGGGCAGAGCGAGAAGCUGCUCGGGCAGGGCCAGAGGGCACCUCUCCUCCCACUCCAGUCCCCAGCACUGCCACAGGAGGCCCUCUGGAAGACAGCCCCACUGUGGCCCCCAAAAGUACCACCUUUCUGAAGAACAUCCGACAGUUUAUUAUGCCUGUGGUGAGUGCCCGCUCUUCCCGUGUCAUCAAGACACCCCGGCGAUUUAUGGAUGAAGACCCCCCCAAGCCCCCAAAGGUGGAGGUCUCACCUACUCUACGGCCUCCCAUUGCCACCUCCCCACUAGCCCCCCAGGAACCAGCACCAGCCCCCUCUCCACCCCGUGCCCCAACUCCUCCAUCUACCCCAGUCCCACUCCCUGAGAAGAGACGGUCCAUCCUAAGGGAACCCACAUUUCGCUGGACCUCACUGACCCGGGAACUGCCCCCUCCUCCCCCUGCUCCUCCACCGGCCCCACCCCCACUUCCUGCCCCUGUCACUCCUUCCCGGAGGCCCCUGCUCCUUCGGGCCCCUCAGUUUACCCCAAGUGAAGCCCACCUGAAGAUCUACGAAUCGGUGCUUACUACUCCUCCUCUUGGGGCCCCUGAAGCCCCUGAGCCAGAGCCGCCUCCUGCCGAUGACUCUCCAGCUGAGCCUGAGCCGCGGGCAGUGGGCCGCACGAACCACCUCAGCUUGCCUCGAUUUGCCCCUGUGGUCGCCACUCCUAUUAAGGCUGAGAUACCCUCCCCUGGGGCUCCAGCUCCCAGCGGUGGGCAGCAGCCUCACGCUCAGCUGCAGCAGCCCCUACAGGCCCUGCACACCCAGCUGCUGCCCCCCGCACUACCACCGCCGCAGUCACUGCUGCAGCCGCAGUUACAGCUGCAGCCGCCGCCACAGCCGGCGCCGCCACUGGAGAAGGCCCGGAUCGCAGGCCUGGGGUCCUUACCACUGUCUGGUGUGGAGGAGAAAAUGUUCAGCCUCCUCAAGAGAGCCAAGGUGCAGCUAAUCAAGAUUGACCAGCAGCAGCAACAGAAAGUGGCGUCUUUGAUGCCGCCCAGCCCUGGAGGGCAGAUGGAGGAGGUUGUGGGGACUGUCAAGCAGAUCCCAGAUAGAGGUUCUGUCAAGUCGGAAGAUGAAUCAGUGGAAACUAAGAGGGAGAGACCAUCGGGCCCCGAGUCCCCUGUGCAAGGACCCCGCAUCAAACAUGUGUGCCGUCACGCUGCUGUGGCCCUGGGUCAGGCCCGGGCCAUGGUGCCCGAAGAUGUCCCCCGCCUCAGCGCUCUCCCUCUCCGGGAUCGGCAGGACCUCAACGCGGAGGAUACGUCAUCAGCAUCUGAGACCGAGAGCGUCCCAUCCCGGUCCCAGCCGGGAAAGGUGGAGUCAGCAGGGCCCGGGGGAGACUCAGAGCCUGCAGGGUCUGGAGGGACCCUGGCACAUGCACCCCGGCGCUCACUGCCCUCCCAUCACGGCAAGAAGAUGCGGAUGGCGCGGUGUGGACACUGUCGGGGCUGCCUGCGUGUGCAGGACUGUGGCUCCUGUGUCAACUGCCUGGACAAGCCCAAGUUUGGGGGCCCCAACACCAAGAAGCAGUGCUGUGUAUACCGGAAGUGUGACAAGAUAGAGGCACGGAAGAUGGAACGGCUGGCCAAAAAAGGCCGGACGAUAGUGAAGACGCUGUUGCCCUGGGAUUCCGAUGAAUCUCCUGAGGCCUCCCCUGGUCCUCCAGGCCCACGCCGGGGGGCGGGAGCUGGGGGGCCCCGGGAGGAGGUGGUGGCCGCCCCGGGGCCCGAGGAGCAGGACUCCUUCCUACUGCAGCGCAAGUCAGCCCGGCGCUGCGUCAAACAGCGACCCUCCUAUGAUAUCUUCGAGGACUCGGAUGACUCAGAGCCCGGGGGUCCCCCUGCUCCUCGGCGUCGGACCCCCCGGGAGAAUGAGCUGCCAGUGCCAGAACCAGAGGAGCAGAGCCGGCCCCGCAAACCCACCCUGCAGCCUGUGUUGCAGCUCAAGGCCCGAAGGCGCCUGGACAAGGAUGCUUUGGGUCCUGGCCCUUUUGCCUCUUUUCCCAAUGGCUGGACUGGAAAACAAAAGUCUCCAGAUGGUGUGCACCGGGUUCGUGUGGAUUUUAAGGAGGAUUGUGAUCUCGAGAACGUGUGGCUGAUGGGUGGCCUAAGCGUACUCACCUCCGUGCCAGGGGGACCACCCAUGGUGUGCUUGCUGUGUGCCAGCAAAGGCCUGCAUGAGCUGGUGUUCUGCCAGGUCUGCUGUGACCCUUUCCACCCAUUCUGCCUGGAGGAGGCCGAGCGGCCCCUGCCCCAACAUCAUGACACUUGGUGCUGCCGCCGCUGCAAGUUUUGCCAUGUCUGUGGGCGCAAAGGCCGGGGAUCCAAGCACCUCCUGGAGUGUGAGCGCUGCCGCCAUGCUUACCAUCCAGCCUGUCUGGGGCCCAGCUACCCAACCCGGGCCACACGCAAACGGCGCCACUGGAUCUGCUCAGCCUGCGUGCGCUGUAAGAGCUGUGGGGCAACUCCAGGCAAGAACUGGGACGUCGAGUGGUCGGGAGAUUACAGCCUCUGCCCCAGGUGCACCCAGCUCUUUGAGAAAGGAAACUACUGCCCGAUCUGCACACGCUGCUAUGAAGACAAUGACUACGAGAGCAAGAUGAUGCAGUGUGCACAGUGUGACCACUGGGUGCACGCCAAGUGUGAGGGGCUCUCAGAUGAAGACUACGAGAUCCUUUCAGGGCUGCCAGACUCGGUGCUGUACACCUGUGGGCCGUGUGCUGGGGCCGCGCACCCCCGCUGGCGAGAGGCCCUGAGUGGGGCCCUGCAGGGGGGCCUGCGCCAGGUGCUUCAGGGCCUGCUGAGCUCCAAGGUGGCAGGCCCACUGCUGCUGUGCGCCCAGUGUGGGCAGGACGGACAGCAGCUGCACCCAGGGCCCUGUGAUCUGCACGCUGUGAGCCGGCGCUUCGAGGAGGGCCACUACAAGUCUGUGCACAGCUUCAUGGAGGAUGUGGUGGGCAUCCUGAUGAGGCACUCUGAGGAAGGAGAGAUGCUGGAGCGCCGGGCUGGAGGCCAGACCAAGGGGCUCCUACUGAAGCUGCUAGAGUCUGCGUUCGGCUGGUUCGACGCCCACGACCCCAAGUACUGGCGACGGAGUACCCGGCUGCCCAACGGAGUCCUUCCCAAUGCUGUGUUACCCCCAUCCCUGGACCACGUCUACGCUCAGUGGAGGCAGCAGGAACCAGAGACCCCAGAAUCAGGGCAGCCUCCAGGGGAUCCCUCAACAGCUUUCCAGGGCAAGGAUUCAGCUGCUUUCUCACAUCUGGAGGACCCCCGUCAGUGUGCGCUCUGCCUGAAAUACGGGGAUGCGGACUCUAAGGAGGCGGGACGGCUCCUGUACAUUGGGCAGAAUGAGUGGACACACGUCAACUGUGCCAUUUGGUCAGCCGAAGUGUUUGAAGAAAAUGACGGCUCCCUCAAGAACGUGCAUGCUGCUGUGGCUCGAGGGAGGCAGAUGCGCUGUGAGCUCUGCCUGAAGCCUGGUGCUACGGUGGGCUGCUGCCUCUCCUCCUGCCUCAGCAACUUCCACUUCAUGUGCGCCCGGGCCAGCUACUGCAUCUUCCAGGAUGACAAGAAGGUGUUCUGCCAGAAACACACAGACCUGUUGGAUGGCAAGGAGAUCGUGAAUCCUGACGGUUUUGAUGUUCUCCGCCGAGUCUACGUGGACUUUGAGGGCAUCAAUUUCAAGCGAAAGUUCUUGACGGGGCUUGAACCUGAUGCCAUCAAUGUGCUCAUUGGUUCCAUCCGGAUCGACUCCUUGGGCACUCUCUCUGACCUGUCAGACUGUGAGGGACGGCUCUUCCCCAUUGGCUACCAGUGCUCCCGUCUGUACUGGAGCACAGUUGAUGCCCGGCGGCGCUGCUGGUAUCGGUGCCGGAUCCUGGAGUAUCGGCCGUGGGGGCCAAGGGAAGAGCCAGUUCAUCUGGAGGCAGCAGAAGAGAACCAGACCAUUGUGCACAGUCCUGCCCCUUCCUCAGAGCCCCCAGAUCAUGUGGACCCCCCGCCAGAUACAGAUGCCCUUAUCCCUAGAGCUCCUGAGCACCACCCAUCCGUUCAGAACCCGGACCCCCCACCUCGGCUGGAUCCAAGCAGUGCCCCUCCUCCAGCCCCCCGCUCCUUCUCGGGGGCUCGAAUCAAAGUGCCCAACUACUCACCAUCCCGGAGGCCCUUGGGGGGUGUGUCCUUUGGACCCCUGCCCUCCCCUGGAAGUCCAUCUUCUCUGACCCACCACAUCCCUACAGUGGGAGACCCGGACUUCCCAGCUCCCCCGAGACGCUCCCGUCGCCCCAGCCCUCUGGCUUCCAGGCUGCCACCUUCACGGCGGGCCUCUCCCCCUCUCAGAACCUCUCCUCAGCUCAGGGUGCCCCCUCCUACCUCAGUCGUUAGAGCCCUCACACCUACCUCAGGGGAGCUGGCUCCCCCAAGCCGGGCCCCGUCUCCUCCACCACCCCCUGAAGACCUGGGCCCAGACUUUGAGGACAUGGAGGUGGUGUCAGGACUGAGUGCUGCUGACCUGGACUUUGCGGCCAGCCUGCUGGGGACUGAGCCCUUCCAGGAAGAGAUCGUGGCUGCGGGGGCCGGGGGUAGCAGCCACGGGGGCCUGGGGGACAGCUCAGAGGAGGAGGCCAGCCCCACCCCCCGCUACGUCCACUUCCCUGUGACUGUGGUGUCUGGCCCUGCCCUGGGCCCCAGUGCCCUCCCCGGAGCCCCCCGCAUUGAACAGCUGGACGGAGUGGACGACGGCACCGACAGCGAGGCCGAGGCAGUCCAGCAGCCUCGGGGCCAGGGGACUCCUCCUUCAGGGCCGGGAGCAGGCCGGGCGGGGGUCAUCGGGGCUGCAGGGGACAGGGCCCGACCUCCUGAGGACUUGCCGUCAGAGAUCGUGGAUUUUGUGUUGAAGAACCUAGGGGGGCCUGGGGAGGGGGUUGCUGGACCCAGAGAGGAGCCCCUCCCCCCAGCACCUCCCCUGGCCAAUGGCAGCCAGCCCCCUCAGGGCCUGCCCCCUAACCCAGCUGACCCCACCCGGACGUUUGCCUGGCUCCCUGGGCCCCCAGGGGUCCGGGUAUUGAGCCUGGGCCCUGCCCCUGAGCCCCCGAAACCUGCCGCAUCCAAGAUCAUCCUCGUCAACAAGCUGGGGCAGGUGUUUGUAAAGAUGGCAGGGGAGGGUGAACCUGUCUCACCCCCAGUGAAGCCACCGCCUCUGCCCCCUCCCAUGCCCCCCACAACUCCCACUUCCUGGACUCUGCCCCCAGGACCCCUGCUGGGUGUGUUGCCAGUAGUAGGGGUGGUCCGCCAAGCCCCGCCCCCACCCCCCCCUCCGUUGACGCUGGUGUUGAGCAGCGGGCCCCCCAGCCCGCCCCGCCAGGCCAUCCGUGUCAAAAGGGUGUCCACCUUCUCUGGCCGUUCUCCACCAGCGCCUCCACCAAGCAAGACUCCCCGGCUGGAGGAAGAUGGAGAGUCCUUGGAGGACCCCCCCCAGGGUUCAGGGCCUUGUGGCAGUGGGUUCAGCCGAGUGAGGAUGAAAACGCCCACCGUGCGUGGAGUUCUCGACCUGGAUGAUCCUGGGGAGCCCACUGCGGGGGAAAGUCCGAGGCCCCUCCAGGACCGGUCCCCUCUGCUGCCACUUCCUGAAGGUGGUCCUCCCCGGGCCCCUGAGGGUCCCCCUGACCUGCUGCUUGAGUCCCAGUGGCACCACUACUCAGUGAUCAGUGAUCUUUGCUGUUACUAUUGCAAGAAGAUUACAACUUGCUGAAAGCUCAGAUGAUGGUUAGCAUAUUUUAGCGAUAAUUAAGUAUUUACCCUAAUGCGGUGGUCCGGAACUGAACCCGCAAUAUCUGCGAGUUAUGCCUGUACUUGCAGAGAUAAUGAGACAUCAGGAAGCAGGAUGGGGCACUUGGAGCAGUUCUGGCUGAUGGACUCAGAGAAGCUGGAAGGGCAGUGCUCUGCUGGUCAUGGAGGGCAGGGGGAGAGGGAGUGGGCUCCAGCCAAGUAAGCUGGUAAUUGAGCAGCCCAAGGCUCAGAAUUUCUUGUGGCCCCAGUCCUGUUGGAAUGUGUGGAUUUUCUCAUUAUGUAGAGCUCAAAUGCUGAGUAAGGAAGUGGAGCGAAGUGGACUGAGACUUUAGCUGAAAGGCUACUUACAGGGUCAGAGAUGGCAUAAGGAGGUGGUAGUGACCAUGACAGACAGGGCCCUGCCCAUAGGGACCAGACACAUUUUGCUAGAGGAAACCGACAUGUAAUUAGCAAGUGCACUUCAGCUCAGAAUGACCGCUGUGAGAAAGAAGCCAGUGAGAGUGUGCCUGGGUGAGGCCUCUGUCUACAGACUGAUCUGUGUAGCUGUGUUCAGGGAACGGAAUGGAAGUGAGAGUGGAGAAAGGCGGAAGAAGUCAGAGGAGGACCCUGGGUCACUUGGAGGCUUGGCGAUGAUGUGGGUCACACAGCAAGAGUUAGGUUUAGUCUUGCUUAGGACCAGAGGGUGGGCAUGUGGGCAGGUUGACCCAAAGAAGUUAUGCGGGAAGAAAGUAUGGCCAUGUGAGUCCUGCCUCUCCUAAAAUGUGCUCCAUUCAAAACAUUUGCCCCCGUCCCACUCACCCUAGGUACAGUGGUCGGGCCUCAGUUCACAUCCUGCUUGAGCCAGUAGCAUCAUUUGCUGCAUGGAUCCCUCCCUCCUUGAUGCACUUCCGCUCCUGGCUUCCAGCCCUCUCCUCACCUUUGGUCAUGCUUCAUUGUUCUAGCCUGUCAACUUUGGUGUGUCCCAGGACCCUGACCUUGACUCUCGGUCUCCACUUAUUCCUGAGUUCUCUUGUCUAUCAUCCUGGCUCUAAAUCCCAUCUCUAAUUCUGAUAGCUCCCAAAUCACUAGCCAGGCUCCUGUAUCCUGCUGCCCGCCUGCCAUCUCUGCCACAAGUUGAAAGGGGAGGUUUUCUAAGAGGGAUCUCUGACUCUGUGUGUCCUAAACUGAGUUCUUGACUUUCACUAUAAACUUGUUUCUCCCUUACCUUUACUGCCUCAGUCAGUGGCCGUUGUAUCCUUCCAGUUGUUUAGACUCCACACCUGGAGUUGUCCUUGACCCUCCUGUUUUUCACAUCCACUCACCUAUGUUAGCUAGGCUUUCUGUUCUAGCUUUAAAUUCUUUAGCCCUUGAGAAGUCCCUCAUAGUGUACAUAUACUUGAUUCUGUGAGUAUGGGCUUUUUAUAAUACUAUAUUGGUAAUCUUUACAGAAAUGGGGUGCACAUUAAAAAAUUGUUGUUUAGUCAAUAAGUCAUGUUUACCUCUUUUGUGACCCCAUGGACUGUACUCCAGCAGGCUCCUGUGUCCAUGGGAUUUUCCAGACAAGAAUACUGGAAUGGGUUGCCGUUUCCUUCUCCAGAGAAUCAUCCCGACCCAGGGAUCAAAUACACGUCUCCUGCUUGGCAGGCAGAUUCUUUACCACUGAGCCACCAGGGAAGCCCACUUAAAAAAACACAUGUGCAAAAUAGUUCUCCAGUAUUUUAAAUUUUGUGUGAGAUUCAGAAGAAUGAGGCAUUUGUGAUAGACUGAAUUUGAGUGAGCUGUGAACAUGUCCUACAGAAAAGGGACUAAAAACAAUGUCCAUUCUGUAGGAUUCAUGGGCAAAUAUUGCAAGAGGAAGGCCAUUAAAUCUAGUAACUGUGCUUAUACCCGAGGAGGAAGGGAAGGCAGAGGGGAGCCAGGGACGUUUGAGUCAAGGAAGGGUGACCCUCCCCAACUCUGAUCUGCUCCCUGGGACCAGGUGAGGCUUCAAGCUCCGAGGAAGAGCCUCCAUCCCCAGAGGACAAAGAGAACCAGGC